CAGUUGUUGUGUUUUAUUAUAAAAACCCUUCAUCUCUCCCUCAUUAACCUCCACACUUGCCGCAACAGACCUUAACGAGGUCACUGACGAUUACCAACUGAGUUAACUCGCUCCCGAGAGAGGAAAAGGUUUAGGGUAAGGCGUUACAAUGGAGGAGACAGAUCGUUCACGCGCUUUCGCCAAAGACGUCAAACGCAUCGUCGUUAAGGUUGGAACAGCUGUUGUAACUGGGAAAGGUGGAAGAUUGGCUCUUGGUCGCUUAGGAGCUCUCUGUGAACAGCUUGCGGAGUUGAACUCGGAUGGAUUUGAGGUGAUUUUGGUGACGUCUGGUGCGGUUGGGCUUGGCCGCCAAAGGCUUCGUUACAGACAGAUGAUCAAUAGCAGCUUUGCGGAUCUACAGAAGCCUCAGAGUGAGCUUGAUGGGAAGGCUUGUGCUGGCGUUGGACAAAGCAGUCUUAUGGCUUAUUAUGAGACUAUGUUCGACCAGCUGGAUGUGACGGCGGCUCAACUUCUGGUGAAUGACAGUAGUUUCAGAGACAAGGACUUCAGGAAGCAACUUAGUGAAACUGUCAAGUCCAUGCUUGAUUUGAGUGUUAUUCCAAUUUUCAAUGAGAAUGAUGCUAUUAGCACCAGAAGAGCUCCUUAUCAGGAUUCAUCUGGCAUCUUUUGGGAUAACGACAGCUUAGCUGCUCUACUGGCUUUGGAACUGAAAGCCGAUCUUCUCAUUCUUCUGAGCGAUGUCGAAGGUCUCUAUGGUCCUCCAAGUGAUCCUGACUCUAAGCUGAUCCACACAUUCAUCAAGGAAAAACAUCAAGAUGAGAUUACAUUCGGCGACAAGUCAAGGCUGGGAAGAGGAGGCAUGACUGCAAAAGUGAAAGCUGCGGUUAAUGCAGCUUAUGCUGGUAUCCCUGUCAUCAUAACCAGUGGGUUUUCAACUGAGAACAUAGACAAAGUCCUCAGAGGACUCCGUGUUGGAACCUUAUUCCAUCAAGAUGCUUGUCAAUGGGCUCCGGUCACAGACUCUACUGCUCGUGACAUGGCAGUUGCUGCAAGGGAGAGUUCCAGAAAGCUUCAGGCCUUAUCUUCAGAAGAUAGGAAGCAGAUUCUGUAUAAUGUUGCCGAUGCUCUUGAAGCAAAUGUGGAAACAAUCAGAGCUGAGAAUGAAUUAGAUGUAGCUGCAGCACAAGAAGCUGGACUUGAAGAGUCAAUGGUGGCACGCUUAUUUAUGACACCUGCCAAGAUCUCGAGCCUUGCCGCUUCGGUUCGCAAGCUAGCCGAUAUGGAAGAUCCAAUAGGCCGUGUUUUAAAGAAAACUGAGGUGGCAGAUGGUCUUGUUUUAGAGAAGACCUCAUCCCCAUUAGGAGUACUCCUGAUUGUUUUUGAGUCCCGACCUGAUGCACUUGUCCAGAUAGCUUCACUUGCCAUCCGUAGUGGAAACGGUCUUCUUCUAAAGGGUGGAAAGGAGGCCCGGCGAUCAAAUGCUAUCUUACACAAGGUGAUCACUGAUGCAAUUCCAGAGACUGUCGGUGGUAAACUCAUUGGACUUGUGACUUCAAGGGAAGAGAUUCCUGAUCUGCUCAAGCUUGAUGAUGUUAUUGAUCUUGUGAUCCCAAGAGGAAGCAACAAGCUUGUUUCCCAGAUAAAAAGUACUACCAAAAUCCCUGUACUAGGUCAUGCAGAUGGAAUCUGUCAUGUAUACGUCGACAAGGCAUGUAAUGUGGACAUGGCAAAGCGCAUAGUUUCUGAUUCAAAGUUGGAUUACCCAGCAGCCUGUAAUGCGAUGGAAACGCUUCUUGUGCAUAAGGAUCAUGAGCAGAAUGGUGUGCUCAAUGAUCUUAUAUUUGUUCUACAGAACAAUGGAGUCACUUUGUACGGUGGACCAAAGGCAAGUAAAAUAAUGAACAUACCACAAGCACCGACGUUCAAUCAUGAGUAUUGUUCAAAGGCUUGCACCGUUGAAGUUGUAGAAGACGUCUAUGCUGCUAUUGAUCACAUUCACCGACAUGGGAGUGCACACACAGACUGCAUUUUGACAGAGGAUCCCGAAGUUGCAGAGCUAUUCCUUCGCCAAGUGGACAGUGCUGCUGUGUUCCACAACGCAAGCACAAGAUUCUCUGAUGGUUUUCGAUUUGGACUUGGUGCUGAGGUGGGAAUAAGCACUGGCAGGAUCCAUGCUCGUGGUCCAGUGGGAGUCGAAGGACUACUUACAACAAGAUGGAUACUGAGAGGAAAUGGACAAGUUGUGGAUGGAGACAACGGGAUUGCUUACACCCAUCAAGACAUUCCCAUCUAAACAUAGAAGACUUUGUCUUUGUGUGUUUGUCUUGAGACUUGAAGAGAGGAGAAGAGAGGAGAGGAUGAGCUUUUUGUUUCCUCUCUGCUAAUAUCAUAUCCUAUUGUUAUUGUUAUCGAAACCCUCCCUUGUGAAGUGGUUUUGAUUUAGGGUUUAGAGUUUGCACCACAAAUAAGUUUCUGUUUACCACUUGGUCUUGCUCAUAAGUAAGAUGAAGAAUGGUUUAUUAGCUUCUCUUCUUGUCCAACCAAAAAAAAAACUCGUUGUAAGGCUACCUACAUCUUUCUGAUUUGUCAUUUUAUCUGAAUCUUUGGAUUUGCAUUGUGAA